AUGGCGGAUCAAUCGCUGUCAGAGAUUAGAAGCUAUCCGAUUAGGAAUAAUCUUGAUGCUUUUCGUGCUUCUUUUGCUUCACUCUGUGGAGACAGAAACAUCUCUUGCACUCCAGGCGCGCUUGAUCAGCUUGUUAAAGAAGAUAAGAGAGAUGGAUGCCCAGCUGAGAAGGUCCUGUCUAAUGUCUAUACAGAUAUCCAGAUUCUCGCUCUCGAUCUCCUGUUUGCCAUUCAGAACCACCCAGCUGUUUGUAAUCUACAGCUGACUGCAACCCAUAGUACUCUUUGCAGGAGUCUCCUGAAUCUUAUCUCUGCUGUUAGCUCUAACAACUUCGAUCUCGAUUGUAUCAAAUGCCUCCUUAAGACAGCUAUUGAUGUUCAUUCCAACGAUGCGCUGAUCUGGGACCAAGUCUAUGCCGCUAUCACUGCUGCAUUGGCCCCUGCUGCCCCGAAAACCCCUUCUCGAAGCAUCCCGACGCCUGUCAGCGGCAUGCCGGUGGUCCGCUCCACGUCGUCGUUUCAGGGCAAGGAGCAGACUAAGAAGAUACUGAAUCGGGCUCUCUUGUACGAGCUUAACGGGACUAUCUUUCGAGGCGUCAAAAGCUUCUUCGAAAAAUACUUCGAGGGCCAGUCAUGGACUGAGCAGUGCAGGACUAUCUACCAGUUCAUCAGCGCAAGACAUGUUGACGGGCGGAUCAAGAUGGAGCUCUGGGUUUUUAACAGGUUGGGCUUCUAUAGCUCUAGCGAGUUUGAUAUUCAUGAGAAGCUCGAAAAGUUUAUACUCUCUCUGGCUGGAUAUGCGUUCAUGAGCAAUCAGGAGCUCGGCUUCGAUAUCUUUACCGAAUGUAGAGGCGCUAAGCAUACUAUUAUCAUUACAAGCGAUGUCAGCACAAACGAGCCGAACGAACAGUCCACGAGCCCUGGGUCCCUGACACGGGUAAUGCAGCUAGCUCUCCAGGAGAGCUGCGAGCCAAGGAAGCGAGCGUCUGUUGACAGCCAGGAUACAGCUAUUGCUAAGAAGCAGAGAGCUAACAGCCACUCCUCAGGGCUUCGCUAUGAGCUGAAGCCUGAUGCUCCGGGCAGUCUGUAUGAUCGGAGCCCUGACCUGUACAACAAUCGCCAGUUCGGUUGCCUCGCCAUCUCUCCUGCAGAGCGGGAUCUCAACAGCUUUACAACUAUACCUGAACUGCUUACCGCUCUCCGAGAUACUAUCAAAGCUCAUCAGUCUCUGUACUUAACCAGCAAGAUCCUGCAUAGAGAUAUCUCGGAAAACAAUAUCAUUAUUACAGAUUCUUAUCAUGCUAACAGAUUUACCAGAAUGCUGAUUAAUCUUGAUCUAGCUAAGCAGAGCAAGCGGGGUUUUAUGCAUGCUGAUGGCUUCGAUGAGCUCCUGGCCCAGUUUCCGCCAUCUCUUACAUGUAUCAAGCCACUGUGCAACAGACUUCGCCGGAUUCUGUUUCCCGUAUCGGCCGAGGGCAAAUUAUAUGUCGGCACGCCGCCAGAACCAAAACCUCUGUACGAUGCUGUCAUUAAAGAGUUUGACAUUGCGAUUUCUAACAUUGCAUCUCUCGGAGGUUAG